AUGUAGUUUCUAUCAUAGCUAUAAAGAAAUUUACAAUCCGAAAAUGUUUUUUUGAAUCCUACUCUAAAUUUCAAAGAUAAGAAUGUUUAGAAAAGUUUUAAAGCUUUCUAGAAAUAGUUAAAUAAAAGUACAAUGAUUUUGAUAGAAACUUUUAAGAUGUUUUUGGAAUUGGCUUUGACAAUUUCUGGAUUACUUUAAGAUAGUUAAUCUAUUUAAUCAUAAAUUCUAAUUGUUUUUCCAUUAUCUAGCCUUUUGUAAAUAUGGAGCUUACAAAGGAACUCAAAAUACAAUGACUAUUGCAAAAUAAUUCAUGUUUUAGCACUUCAUAUCUUUUUGAGUUUUUAUGCUAAUUAGUUUCUGACUGAUGGAUAUGUGUAAUUAUAUUAUAUUUAUGUUACUCAAAGCUUAAACAACAAAAAAUACUUAAUUUCUUAUUUUGCAAUUAUGUAAAUCAUUUAUUUAUAUUUCUAAAAUUAUUGUAAUUGGAUACUAAUACCUUUUUAAUGGAUAUUUAUUUUUACAAUAGCAAUUAGUAUAUAUUUGAGAGAGAGAAGAAAAUUAGUUUAUUUCUUUGAAAACUUCAAUUUCAGCCAUGAUCUCUCUUAUUAAGAAGCAGUACUAAAUCAUAGUCUAUAAUAAAAUUUAUUUGUUAUUAAGUUGAAUUAAGAUUCAAGUUUCUAAGAUUAAUUUUAAGUUUUGUUUGUUAAUUAAGCAUGUGAAAAAGAAUUCGCUGCUAUUCAAGAAAUUUAUUAAAGAACAACAGAAAUAUAAAUCAUAAAUAACAAAGAAUAACACAAUACUUAAUGCAAUCUUAAAGUAAAUUAAAGUUAAGAGUUUCUAUAAAAUAAUUUAAAAGCAUCUAGAAGUGGAUAAAUAAAUAUAAUUGAUAAACCUUUUUCAUUAAAUUAAAUGCUUAAUUUAUAUAUUAAUAACAGUCAAAAUAAAGAUCUAUAAGAUAAUUUACCAUUAUAAUUAACAGGUUUAAUAACUAAUUAAUAAAAUAAUCUACAAAAAACUUAUGAUAUAUUGGUAUCUCCAUGUAUUUGGAAACAUUAAAAAAGUUAUAUUGUUUCCUUAAUUGAAAUAACUGAUAAAAUCAAAAUAUGUGAACUUGAAAAGUUAGAUCAAUAUAAAGAUAAUAUCUUAGCUACAGUCAGUCAUGAUUUAAAAAAUCCUAUUGGUGUUGUUUAAUCAAUGAUUACAUUAGUUUAAGAUAAUUUAUAUUAAUUAUCUGAAAUAUAAACUAAUUUAGAUAUUUAAUAAAAGAUAUAAUCUUGUUGCAAUUUUUUAGAAAUGUGUUAAACUAAUGUAAAAAUUAUUUAAUCAUUUGUUAAUGAUUUACAAGAUUUUGCUUAAAUUAAGAAAUAAAAGUUAAAGCUAUCUAUUAGUUAAUUAGAUAUAUUGUAAUUAAUUAGAGAGGUAAAAAAUGUAUUCCAAAUCUAAAUAGAAAAGAAGAAUCUAUAAUUAGAAAUAGUUUCAAAUCUUUAAUAAUCAAAUUAAUGUAAUAAUGAUCCAUUGAGAAUUAAGUAGAUUCUCUUUAAUUUACUUUCAAAUGCAAUAAAAUUUACAUCAAAAGGAAAAAUAUUAAUAACAUUUUGUGAUAAUAUUGAGGAUAUUAUAAAAUUUAGUAAGAAUGUUAAAGAAUAGAUUGAAACUAAUAAAUCAGUAGUUGAUAUUAAUACCCUUUUAAAAAGCCAAUAAAGUUUAAUUCUAUGUACAGUGUCUGACAAUGGUAGUGGAAUGAGCCAAGAAAUUUAAAGGAGACUCUUUAGAAAUUUUGCUACAUAUGACAAUGAUAGCAACAUAAACAAGUAGAGUAUUAGUAUAAAAUGUUAGAAAUGGUGUUGGUUUAGGAUUAAUCAUCUGUAAGCAGUUGUGUGGAUAUAUUGGGCCUUUGUAGUACAUAUAUCUACAAUCUUAAGUUGGAGUUGGUUCAACUUUUUAAUUCGUCAUUUAUAAAAAUUAUGAUAAAUAGCAUCUCUGUUAAUAAGAUUAAUUUAGUGUUGAUUCUAUUGAUUAUGAUUAAGCAAAUUCUCCAUAUAAAAAUAUCUUUAGUACAAAUCGUCUGGUUGGAGGGUAUAAAAAGAUAAAAAAGAGGGAUCAAUUAUAAGUGUUGAUUGUUGAUGACGAGUCUUUUAAUAUAAUGUUAUUAAAAAUAUAGUUAUAAAAAAUAGGAAUAAAGAAGGUAGAUAGUGCUUUUGGAGGAUAGGAAGCUUUAGAUUUAGUAAUGAAACAGAAUUAUGACAUAAUAUUUUUAGAUUUGAAUAUGCCUAAUAUGAAUGGAUUAUAAUGUAUGAUAGAAAUUAAAAAGAUAAAUUCAGAUAUUAAGAUCUAUAUAUUAACUGCUUUUAAUGAUAGAAAGACUUAAUAAAUAUGUCUCAAUGCUGGUGCAAAUAAACUGUUAUAAAAACCACUAAAUUCCUAAGAAAUUGAACUAUUGUUUAUGUGA